UUCGUGUGCUCCGGUAUCCCUGAUCGAACCUGUGUGUAGCGACCUUCGCAUGUUCUCCGACCAACCUUAACGAACUGGCCAUCACAGGACCCAGCAGGAAAGACCCGGCGUCGCCGGGACCGAUGCAAGGUAGACCGUCUGCCGGAGGACCAAGCCUGCCCAAUCCGGGUAGGGUCCCUGAUGUCCUCCACUUCCGUGUCUUACGCUCCGCCAGCGAGGUAUGAAUACGUCCCGAACACGACCCGUCCGGCUCCUCAUAUUCUUCUGCACUUUUCGGAAUAUGAGGAGGACCACGAUUUGUAUGACCGGCUGCCUGAGUACGACUCCGACGAAUUUGAAUAUGAAUCUGCUCGUCCGAUCUUUCACCCCAGUCAGUUUGCGCCGCCUCCCCGCGUUUCCAGCACCCGAGCGACUUUGCCCGGUAGAUCCAAGUACACUAAUCGGUACGAGGGAACCCGAUUGGCCAUCUACCCGCGACCUCCGCGUGGCGGACAGAGGAGACGCCCCGGCCGGGCGCUCCCUGGUGUCUCUCGCUGCGCGGCAACGAAGACACCGUCCUCCCACUCCUCGCCGGCAACGGUGAGACCAGCAGACUCGCAGCUGGUGGCGAAGCCUCAAGCCCAGAGGGAGGAGGAGCCGCCAAACCACGAGGCGUUCUGUCGCGAAAUGCGGGCGCAGUUAGAGAGGCAGAGCGCUGAAUUGGCGGCUCUCACGGCCCAGGUCCGGCAAGGAUUGGCGAACCAGCCGACCUACGCUGACGUCGCAACGGCGACGGACUCGCUGCUGACUCAGGUUCACGUGGCAGUUGGAACUGACCCGCUCCCGAAACCGACUCAUCCCCUUGCCAAGUGGACGCCACAGUGGUAACAGACUCGCCACCUCAAGUGCACGUCGCAGUGUUGGCGGUUCCGAGCAGAGCUCACGCGGCAGUUGGAACUGACCCGCUCCCGAGACACGCCCACGUGUCAGUUUCGACUGACUCUCCGCCUACUCAGGUUCACGUUGCCCUGGAAACGGAUUCGCCACCGCGCCACGCCCACGUUGCUGUUUCUACGGAUGCACUGCAAGCUCACGUGGCAGUGGGGACCGACCCGUUGCUGUCCAGAAGGUGGCGACGUCUCCACAGCCGCUUCUCGUCCGUGCUCUGGAGUGGCAGUGGCGACCGGCCCGCGGACGCUCCACACUCCUGCUCUGUCGGCGACGGGCACGCCCUCACGUUCCUGUCCAGGAGGGGGCGGCGACGGCGCCGCCUUCUCACGUUCCUGUCCAGGAGGGGGCGGCGACGGCGCCGCCUUCUCACG